GACACACUUGGGGAGCUGCACCCCACAUCCAGGCAGUGCCACCGCGCUCCCACGUGCGGCUGCGCCGGGCGGCUGCUUGUGCCCAACCGGCAGCACCGGGGCAGCGCCUCCCCCCCCCCACCCCCCCCCGCUCCAACAACCCUCGGACCCCCCCACCCCCCCACCCCCCCCUCCUCUCCACCUCCCCGGGCCAUGUUGGGGGGCGCGGAGAGGGGAGUGGGGCGCCUGAGGAUCUGCGAGCGGACCCAAAUGCUGCUGGUGGAGAUCAGGGCGGUGACGCCGUGUUGCAGCCCGACCGCCGCGAUGGCCGCAGGGUGCCGACCCGCGUCCCCGUGGGGCUAUCAGCGCUUCGCCGGGGCGUACACGUUCCUGGAGAAGCGCAUCGUGGCGGAGCUGACCCCCCCCCGGCCCCGCGUUGUCCCCCCCCAGGACUUCACUUCCCACCCCUCCCGGCUCCGUCCCCUCCCCGUGGAACCGCACUACGGCCCCCCCCCCGGAGCGGCACCCACCGGGGGGUCCCCUCUGCGCCCCAUUAACGGCAGCCAGGCCGGGCCCCCCCAGCUACGAGACCCACAUGCGGAGAGCGCGGGCGGCCCACCUGCGCCGGGGGGGGCCGCCCCCAUACGUCUCCCCCCCCGCCUACAACGCUCCGCACCGCACCCUGCGCCCCCCCCCGGCCCAGAGGCCGCGCAGCCCCCUCCCCAAACCCCGCGGCCGUGGGGCUGUGCCGGGGGGCUGCAGCCAUACGCUGCCCCGCGCCGCCACCGAGGGGGGGUCCCGAUGGCUCCGUGGGAUGCAGCCCCCCCCGGGAAUAACGGAACCCCCCCGGCACUGCCAGACCCUUCCCCGCACCGCAGCCCCCCGCCACAGACCCGUAGGGCCCAAUGGGGGCCGGCGGGGGUCGGGGGGGCACGUCCUCAUCGACGCCACGCGCGUGGUGGUCCGGGCUCACUCUCUCACCCCCCCGCGGCUCCGAGCAGAGCCCGGGGAAGGGUGGGGGGUCCCGGGGGCGGCCCCCCCCCUCGGCGGCCGGCCCUAUACAGCCAGGCGCUGCGGGAGGCGGUGUCCCGGAUCCGACGGCACACGGCGCCCGACUCCGACUCCGAUGCCGAGGGGGGGGCCGGGGGGGGGCGGCAGCGGCCGUGCCGCGAUGUCAGCGCCUACAGCAGCAGCAGCAGCCUGGAGAGCCUGGGGGGGGCCCCCCCGGGGACGGCCAGCCCCAUCCGGGCGUGA